UUCCCUAGAAACUGCUCAUAACAUUUUUAGACUUUCUUUAGUCAAGUUCGUGUGAAUUUGAAUAAAAUUUAUUAAGCACUUUCUAUAAAAAUAUCUGUAUAAUUUUGUAAAAUGUCCAAUAAGAAACGCGUAAAUUUGCUUAACACAGAAGUGGCCGAGAUGUCCAUGGCCUCAUUGGAGUCAAAUGACGGAGCUGGGGAUGGCUUGUCGAAGGUCAAUAUUGAAGAUCCUCUCUCGGAACUGCCGUCCACCUCAAAGAACUGUCCUAGAAUGACCAAAUCACCAUGGAUCUUUAAUGACAAUAACAAUUCAGACAGUUCUACGUCUUUAUUCUCGGAUGGCUCGUCGUGUUUACUGGUUCCCAGUUCGCACAAGACAACGCCCAGUGAUGCUUAUGUGCCAUGGCGCAACACAAGUCAGUGGCGUAAUCAUCCGGGCCGGGAUAAUUUGAUACCUCAUUCUUUAAUGAAAUCGGUGUGCUCUGCUGCGAAUGGAAGGAAGUUCUGUAGGGCCAGGAUCGUCUAUCGUAAUCACAACUUUGGUUUACGUCCCAGACCCCCGUGUUUGGUCGAAUCGAGGUGUGAUAGAUGCAGAGUUGGCCGAACCCGUACUCUUGCCUUCAACUUUGACUUGAUGGCCCAACACAAGCGUAAACAGAAAAUUAAGGAAAAAUUAAAAUUAAUGAAAAUGAAGGAGGCCAAAAGGAGACAGGCUCAGAGGAAAAAUCAACGGCCACGGAUCAAGCCUAGAUGGGCGAUGCGGAAACGCUAAGAUACAUCUAUAAUGUAUUCGUGGGUGUAGGUGUGUGUGGGUGUGUGUGUGUGUGCGGCGAUGGCGAUGAUGACCAAGACAAUGGAUUCCGAGUUCCGAGGCUAAUUCGAAUUGAUGUGUGAUGUGAUUUCCUUUGCAAAAAGAACUGACAAAAACCAGAUAGACCAUAAAACAUCUUAAUAAAUUAUUAACAGAGUGGAA